AUGGCGCAGCCGGAUUCGGUCCAGGCAAACGGCAUCCCUGGACCGGACCAUGCUGAGUCCCCCCAACCCGUCGUCCCUGUCAAGAGGAAGCGCGACACCGAGGAUGAGGGCGACGAGGUCAACGGCGACGGACCCGAGAAGAUGGAAGUCGACGCUGAAGUCCCAAAGGAGGAUCAUAAACCCCUCAUUCAGAACUAUUUCGCUGUUCUUAGCAGCUUCGAUGCAAACCCAUCAAUUUUGAAGCGUCGCCUUCCCGAACCCGAUGCGGAACAGCCCGACGCGAAACGCCAAAAGUCCGCCGAUAGCCCUGCCACCAUCGCCGACAAGGUCAGCCACGACUCGUACUCGCAUGUUGACGAACUUGCGGCCGACGUCGUCGAAGCCGUCAAGGAUCAACUGCAAGAACUUCAAUCGGCCAAGGUUGAGAAGGACAAGGAGGUCAUUGAUGGCGGCGCUGUGGUGCAGACCAAGGAGUUCCAGCAGAAGGCAAUGGACCUCCUUCGAAGGGAGAUAUCGUACCCACACAGCGCUGUGAACGUCAGCAACGUCAAGCCAGUCCCAGAAGUCACUCCAGGUAACGCUGUCUUGACAGUCGUUGGCCUCGGCCCUCACGGCAAGCAGCUCUUCUCAAGUCUGCCCAAGAAGGUUCCAGGACAAGAGAGCUCCGCUGCAAAGGCAUCAUCAUUGGAACUUCCUUUGGGCAUAUCGAAAACCUACAUUGUUCCUUCCCGACAGAGCGAAAGAUCAGCCACUCUUGGGGAGCUGUUUUCCUCGAGCAGACCCCUCCCUCCACUGCAGCCGCCCAAGCAACCGAAGCAGCUGGUCAAGGGAAAUGUCCUCGGUUUUUACCAUCCCGAGCCGGCGCAAAAGUCCAAGUACUACAACGAAUCUUAUUCUAGCAAAAAGGUCGCAGUCGGCUGCUACUUGGACUACACCAAUGCGGCACCCUCGUCCAAGAGUAAGACCAGACAGCGCGAACGCGCCCAAAGUCUUGCAGGCCACCGACCUUCGUCUACCGAAAUCGAAGUGAACGAAAUGGAGUCGUUGUUUCGCAGCGCGUUCUCCAGCUUCGCGCCCUGCAGAGAUGAUUCUGGCUCUGUCGUUCCGUCCAGCCAUGCUGGUCGCAUGUACUGGCAGCUUACUGGACAGCGAAACUUCAACCGCCUCAUUGAGUCGGAGUUGCAGGAAGUCGAUGAUGACGAUGACAUGCUCGAGAACCACGUUGGAGACAAGAUGGUCGAGACCGGGGACGUGGACGAGGAGUUUGUCAAUGAGGCGAUUGAGAAGUGGGAUGAAUGGCUGGUGGACCCGGCGCUGGAAGACAUGAACGAUGUCCUGUCGAAACCCAAGGAUAAGGACCCCGCCGACAAGGAGGUCGACGAAUUCCUGGAUGAAGUCACCGACAUGAUUGAGACCUUGCUGUCGUACCAGCGCAUCCGCAACCUCACCUUGCCAUCAUCACAGAAUCGUUAUGCAGGCGAUCCCGUCAACGGCGACUUGCUUUCUCACGGUGCUGUCUCGGCACCAACGGAAGAGGAGACUAUGACGUACGAAGCACUGAGGGCUCAGCUCAGUCUGAUUGUCGGCACUCUUCCUCCCUACGCUGUGGCUAAACUCAAUGGUGACCAACUUGAGGAGCUUCUCAUCAGCACCAAACUCGAGGUCCGCACAGAUCAGUACAAGGGUGUCAUGGAGGACGAUGCCGCAACGCAAGCCCGGAUGCGUCAACAGCAAAGUGCUGCCACUUCUACUCCCACGAACCGGCCUGCCCCUCACCGGACACCUAGUGCAUCCACUCCCUACAACGGCCAAUACGCGGCGGGGCAGUACGGAACCCCCACCCGAACGCCUUCACUCGCGCCUACCAAUUACUACCGAUCGGGCCAGCAACCCGCCAUGCCCCCGCAACAAGGUUCCGUCCCUCGUCCGGGCGGCGUACCCCACCAGAUGCCUCAUGCACAGCAGCCCCGUCCCGGUCAACCGGGCAAUUACCGGGCCACCAAUGGAUACACCAACUAUGCGCAGCACGUCGGAAAGGCACAAACACCGUAUGGCCACCAGGGUGUGCAGUAUGGCUCUCAACAGCGACCUCCCCAGUACUCUGGGUAUGCAGGCACGCCUUCACACGGCACGCCCAAUGCUCGCUUCCAGCAGCCCUACCAGCAGUCUUUCCCGCAACAGCCGAGCACGCCGUCCCAGGGCUACGCAGGUUACUAUGCUAAUGGUGCUAACAACAUGCAACCCCGGAACAUGUCGCCUCAAGUACCGGCUGGUCAGUACAAUUCGCCAACUCCACACCAGCAGCAGCAACGGUACUAUGGAUCUACUCAACAACACCAAAACGUGCCUGGCACCCCUCCGAUCAACCGUCAGCAUUAUCCGAAUGGUAGUCACCUCCCUCAACAACCUAUGAAUUCUCUGACUGGAUACAAUACAGCCGUUGCAAGGACAGACCAGCAGCGCCUCCACGCCGAGCAAGCGAGAUAUAGAGCCGCUGCACAGCAAACGAGCGCAGCUUUCGGGACCAAGAUCCAGGGCACACAUGAAGGCAACAACAUGACCCCAGCUCCCAUCGACGACCCCAACGGCCAAGGGUCUCCAUACAAUGCCAACAUGCGAGCGCGUAUGGCCGCAGGUGGUACCCCGAAGCCGCAGAGCCCUGUCGGUAGUGUAGGAAAGCCCAACGGAACUCCGCCAAUCCCACACAAAGUGACCCCGGUACCCAUUCCGGUUAUACCUCAACAGCAGCAAAGAAAGCCAAACUAG